CACGGCUAGUACAGACCAUUCCAGCGCGGUAGCCGCCACGCUCGCCCUCUCCGCCGCGAGGGACAUCUGCUUCCGCCGCCGACCCCUCCACUCCAUAGACGGCCUCGCCCUUCAGAAUCCCCGCCAUUCCUGCCACGAGCCCCAACCACCAGCGAGACGGCAGAUCGGGAUGCACACCGAUGGCCGCGCGCCUGCCCGCGUAAAGGUCCUCACCUCCCGACCCCGUCUCCGGCCGCCGCCGCCCGACGGGAUGUCGGCAGGCCAGCCGCCAAGGAAGCGACCCUGCCGCCGCCAGACCAGCACAUGGCCUCCAGGCGGGUCGUCCCUGACGAGCUAGCGCAGAUCGGGAUCUCUUUUUUUUUUUUUUUUUUUUUUUUGAGGAAUGAUCGGGAUCCCAUGGUUCCAGGUGGCCGACCUCCUUGCCGCUGCCUCCCAAACUCUGCUGCAAGAGCGUAGCUACACCUGUGCUCUGAAGGUAGAUGCCACACCAUCUUCUGUUUAUUCUCUUCUUCACAAUUGUUAUUGCAGAUGCCAUGACUCUAUCACUCCUAUGUUUACCCCAACUCUAAAGCCAUCUGCGUGUGUAGAACUAGCUUAUUUAAUCCCUUACAUGCUUAUCUACAUGUGUGUGGUAUUAGGAUUGUAUAGCACGGAUGGAUUGAACCGCAUGUAAGUGAGAGCAGCCAGCCUAGGUGCGUGCAGUAAUGUGGGCGUAGAUGUUCAUGUUAAGAAGGUUUAGGGAGAAAAAUACACCUAUGAUAACAAAUGGCUGCAGGGUGAAUACUGAUCGAAUCACCUUCGGAUGUUGUUGAUGUACUAAGCAAAUUCGGACACAAAUUAAUCGCUAAUUAGUAAUUACACCACGAUGAUUUACCUCUUUCUCUAGCAACGCUGUCUCCAUGGAGGAGCAACACCCUUCACUGCUCAUCGCGGCACCCAGGCUGUCCGCGCACGGAGGCAGCGUUGGGGAGCAGCAAGGAUGCACGGCGGCGGGUUCAGGACCGAUGCUCGGAUGAUGUCGGGGAUAAGAACGGCUACAGAUGAUUGCUAGGUGCAUCUCGCCGCCUUAUCUUCUGUUAAAUCGCUUCAACUCUCUUUAGUAGAGUUGCUAGUCACUUUAGUUAAGUUGAUUAUUCCCGGUAAUUAAGUUCAUAUCCUUAAGUAAGUUGUUUACUACUAAUUUUUAUAAAUUUUUGUGUUGAUACAAUAUCCAUGCUAUGUUUCACUUUAGUAGAGUUUCUACUCGCUUAAUUAAGUUGAUUAUCCACGAUAAUUAAGUUGCUCAUGCCCUUAAUUAAGUUGUUUACUGCUCAUUUUUAUCAAGCAUCGAGCUUCCUGAAUUCCCUUCCGCGCUGCCCACUUCGCAAGCGUUGAGCUUCCCCGAUCCCACCCUGAGUUGCCCACUUCAUAAUAAGGAUUUAACCUGAAAGUUCAUUUCUGAUACUUCUAGGUUUUACUUGCGUGCUUUUGUAAAAGUUAUAUUAGGAUCACACCUACGUUGUUCAAUACUUUCUUGCGAGUUGUUUUGCUUCUUCCUCCCCUUUUAACUAAGUUGCUUUUAUCAAUACAAUUAAGUUCGUUCCACCAUCUAACUAAGUUGCUUUUUGUCAACAUCCUUACAGUUUUUGAGUUACACCAAAAUGCCCCUCAAUAGUAUACUGAUUUAAAUAAGUUGCUUCUUUUCAUCUGGCUAAGUUGCAUUGUUAGAUUGGCUAAGUUGUUUUUCUGACUAUAUCACAUAACUAAUUUACUUCCCCAAUGCAUUUAAUUUUUGGUUAAACAACUAAUGACAAUCCUGAGCUUAAUAAUGACCUUGAAUUAGACACUUGCUUUUCUAGCAGACAAACUUGAAUUCUAGAAAAAAAAAGACACACAAGUUCUCGCGUGCGUUUAAAGUUGAAGCAGAAGCAUGGAACCAUCCAGUGCCUUGUCCUGAAACUUGUCAGCAUGUUCGUGUUUAGGAUGACAGACAAUUAUGGGGAACUCUAAACUGCUACGAGAUGGGAAACUGAAGCCACUGAAUUCAUGAAUCAAUAGUAUGGAAUAACGAGUGGCUCAGCUCUGGAUGUUACUCACCACUACCUAAUAGUUUUGAUUGUAAGUCAAGCUGGACAGACUGGAUGUAGUUAUAGGGGGUGUUAAGUUCUUCUGCCUCCUUUUUGAUUUAUAUGGAUAAGUUGUCUAACAAUUUAAUUAAGUUGUUUUGAAGUUAGUUUUAAAACAUGGUUAAGUUGGUUUCUGAAACCAACAUAGUUGGUACUCUGUGAGCAUGCCUGAGUUGUCUUUUAUCUGCUAAUUAAGCUAUUUUUUCAGCUCCAUUAUUAAGUUUGCACCUUGAUUUACAUUAAAUUGCAGUGUUCAAUAUAGCUAAGUUGUGUACUGGAAUCCACCAUAGUUGUAUUUCCAGUAAGUUUUAUAAUAAUCCAUUUAGUUGUUUGAUCGGCGUGGCUAAGUAAAUUUGUGUUUUAUCCUAUGGUUUAGUAAGUUGUAUACUGGAUUUUAUUAAGUUGUUUUUGUCCAACAUGCUUAAGUUGUACACAUAACCUAAACAAGUUGUUUUUGUCAGUAUGCUUUUAGUUCGUAUUUUUAUUUUCCAAGUUGUAUAUUGAUCCCUAUCUUCCUCUAUCGCCCCCACCCCCUUCUCUCUCUCUCGCUUCAUGUCCCCAUUCCUCUUCCAAGAGCACACAAAUGGCUAGGGUUUCUCCCUCAGAUCUUCUCGUUGUUGAGCGAGCGAGCGAGAUGACUUGAGUUCAUCGAAGGAGGUCGAGCCGCAUGGUAGGGGCAGCGGACUGCGAGAGGCACGCGUCGGGGAGGGGGGAUUUGUCGUGGAGCUCUAGCCGUGCGUGACGGCAGGGGCUUGGCGACCAGGAUCCAUGCCGGAGGACUACAUCGACUACAUAGGGCCGCACACCAGUACCAUCUCGAACACGGUGGUGGAGGAAGCCAUGGCACCUAGCCCGAGCAGGUGGCGACACCCACAAAGCCUAGCGUGAGCGCAAGCCUGACGAAUGUUCAAUGGAGAUCUGCGAGAGAAAGAAGAGAAGAGUGCUACGAGGGACGUCACGUGGUCCUUGGUUGUAGUUGCCCCUUGCGAGCUAGCUAGGAGGACACCAACACGUGAGGGCUAGUCCCAUGAUGGCGUUCGGGAAAAUGGUCUACGUCUGGAUUGCAUAUACGUAGUAUGUUUUUUUUUCUGGGUGAGUGUUAGGUGAGACAAAAUAGCAUCCGGAUGCUGGUUGGGGCAAAAGAGCAUCCGGAUGCUGGUUGGGGCAAAAGAGCACCCGGAUGCUGGGAUAUGCAAACCAGCACCGGAUGCUAGCUAGGCACGUCCUGAAUCCCAAAUUGGGUAUUUAUACUGUGUCUCUGGAUGAUAUGACCAUUAGGUUCAGCAUAGUCGAGGGGUGUGAUGAUGAGGAAAACGCGUUCUGGGCUCUUCCCACUAGCUUCGGUCUGAAAUCACGAGUCACCGACACUGAUGGUAUCUCCAAUAAUCAGGUGAACCAAAAAAGAAUUGAGCAGUGCUGCCAAGAGGAAGAAGAGGACAAGAACAUUGCAGGGAGGCAGUGGUGUGAUCUCCAUACUGACUUGUUACAGCUCCUAGUACCCAAGAUAUCAUUCAUAGAUUUCCUGCAUGUGAAAGUUGUAUGCAAACAAUGGAACUCCAUCGCAGGACCGAUCCAGGAUGCGAAAGUAUCGCCAUUACUCAUGACAACUAGGCCAGGAAGGGCCAAGGAUCUCAUCGAGGUCUAUGAUCCGGUGAGUGAGAAGAAGUACAUAAUUAGGGUACGCAUUCCUGAUUCAGGUCUCAGAUCGCAAGGAUCACAGUUACUGCAUUUUACAAAGAACGGCUGGGUCAUCAUGUCGAGAGGCGACGAUCACAUGUUCUUCUUAGUUAAUCCGUUCAAGAAUUACCCGGAUGGCGGUGAUGUGAUUGCUCUUCCACGUCUAGAACUCCUUGGCCUUGGUCUAAAGGGGCUCUCAUUCUCAUCCGUGCCAGGUUCCCCUGACUUCGUGGUCCUCGCAGCUGGAACUACACCAGACGGCAAAGUUGUCAACAUAAAUACAUGGCGAAUCGGUGACAAAGAUUGGAAGGAAGAGUGCUUAGGAGACGACGAUGUCCCGUUCCUCAUGGCAUCUCACAGCCCUGUCUUCCUCGAUGGCGUAUUCUACUUCCUAGACAUCAAUGGCAGGCUCGGAGUCGUGGACCCGAAUGAAGAAGAGAUGGAGUGGAACGUUCUGGAAAAGCCGGAUCUGCCGAUACGUGGCAGCGAUAACGUGCAUUGUUUUGAAUGUGACUAUAACUAUCUGGUGGAAUGGAAAGGGGAUCUUAUCACCAUUGUUAGGGAGAUCGACAAUGGUGGGUCUGUCAAAAUGUUCAAGCUAGAUCGGUCUCAGAUGGUUUGGUCGGAGUUAGAAGGAAUGGAGGAGGUGGCCUUGUUUUGGGAUAGGAGCAAUGCUCUAAUGGCGAUGCCCCCUCAGGGAGAAGAUUCAUGCAACAAGAUGUUCCUCCCGAACUAUAUUGAGACCGAGGGUGGUGGCAGGAAUCAGGCGUUCUACUCUUUCAAAGAGCAACAAUACUACCCUUCUUUGUAUGCCAAGGAGCCCCUGAACGCCAUAUGGUUCGACCCAAACUUGGAGGAUGUAAUUCCGGUGACGAAGCAGUAG